AUGGUUUUGGCAACGGCAAGCCGGGACAUUAGCUUGUUCCUGGCUGUCCUUUCUAUAUCCGCCCUUGGCUGUGGAGCACAAGAGCAAUACCAUACGAAGCCACGCGAUGCUUCCCAUUCGGAGCCGGGGUCCUGGAGUCUCCACGAUCUCGUCACGGCGGAUACGGUGCAGACAAUCCUGGCGGACAAGCACCUUCGCAAGACGUACCGUGCCGUCGUGAGCGUGUGCGUCGACACGUCAAGAAGCCUGGCGGACCAGCUCGAGGUGCCGGAGCUGUCGACAAUCUCCGACAGCCUCGACAGCCAUCUCCGACAGUUCAAUUCACAGGCAGACGACACAAGCCGGCUCCACCUCAGGAAACGGCGGUCAAGAACGGACGCCAGUUCAAAGACCAAGAGAGCUGGUUUGCUGAGCAAGCUGCUGCCCGGGGGCGGAAAGGGGAAUGACAACGACGCCGCGGCGGGUGGCCAGGCACAGGGGAAUGAUACUGCCGACGCAGGCGGUGGUGGCAUCCUCGGUGGCCUGCUGUCUGGCGGCGGCGGCGGCAAGGACGGACCCAUCGGGGGGAUCAUUUCUCAGGCUGCCAGCGGCCUCAUAGGCCGGGUGAUUAACAUGACGGGCCCCGCGGUUGCCGGGGCCGGCUUUUUCGGCGGCGUCGGGGCCGGCGAGGGCGCAGCCCAGGGCCUGAACCUGGCGUCGGCCAACACGAGCAUGGACACGGGCGCGACGGUGGCGCAGGAGAACGGCAUGAAGAGCUCCGGGCUCAACUCGGCCAUCGAAAGCGCCACCAUGGGGCUCACGGCGACGGCUCUCCGCGCGCUGCGCCAAGGCAACGCCCUGCAGCUGCCGGACCUUGGGCCCGUGGCCGAGGCCCUAGGCGGCGGCCUGGGCAACGGGGCGGCGGCGGGUCUCAAGCUGACGACGGACAACCGCGGGGCUCCUGGCAACGGCUCCGGCCUCGACGGGUUCGCGAGCAGCUUUGCCUUUGGCCUCAGCAAGUCCCUGACCGAAAGCGCCAACACAUCCAACCUCUUCGGCCAGAUGGGUGGCCAGAACGGAACCGGCAUGACCAACAUGCUCCUCAAGCUCGCCGGUCCCGCCGCGUCCGGCCUCGGCAAGGGCCUCGGCUCCGGCGCCGCGGUGGGGCUCGGUCUGCAGCCCGACGACGGGCCGGCAGCGACGGCCAAGACGACUGCGGCCGACGGCAGCGUCGACGUGAGCGGCAUCGCGCAAGACUUUGCUUCGGGCCUGACGUCGCGAUUCCUCGCCAACGGAACUGCCACCAACGCCAUCAAGGGCUUGACGAGCGGCGGCGGCGGCGGCGGCGGCGGCGUUGGAGCCAACCUGGACGUCGGGCGCAUCGCCAACGGCCUCGCGAGGGGACUGCUGGCCGGCGCCGGCGACGGGGCCGAGGCCCUGGGUGGCGUCAACGCCAUCAUCAGCGGAAAGGCAAAGUUGCAGACGACGCCUGCUCCCGAUACGCAGGUGACCUUUAACGACUCGGUCGGGGGCGCCGCGACGGGCUUUGGGCAGGGCCUGGGCAACUCGGCCGUCAUCACGGCGCAGAAGCUGCUAUCUCGCGGCGCCGACAUGUCCGACGGGGCCGCCAAGUCGAAGCGCAGCACCUCCUCGGCCGUCUCUUCCCACCCGGCCUCGCGAGUCGCCGCGAGGCAAAUCUCCAACGGCAUAAACGUCAACAUAUCCAGUGUGCUGAGCGCCGCGGCCAUAUCCAGCGUGAUACAGAAGGUAGUGGACGUCUUGACAUGCGAGGGUGUCGGAGGCUUGGCCCUUGUCGCUCAGGGGCUGAGCCAGAGCGGCACGAUAUCUGCCGGCGGCUUCGACCCGAGUACCACCAACUUCAUCAAGGACUUGAUUCCGCAGGGCCUCAUCUCCUUCACCAAAGAUGGCAACACGUAUGACAUUGAUGGGAAGCAGCUCUCGAAAGCCCUUGACGGGUCUCUUUCCGAGGCUGCCAACGGACUCUCCAUCAACGGCUUCGGCUUCAGCCGCUUCGUCGGCAUCUUGAUCGCGCACAUCUUCUUCGCCGUCGUCGUGUUCGCCGUCCUUUUGCCUCUUGUUUUGACGUUCGACAGCUCCCGCAACAUCCUGCUGCUGUUACAGGUAGAGCACGUUCUUCCAGCUUGGACUCUCAAAGCCACAAAGAUCAUCUGGAUCGCCGGCAUCGCGCCCUCCCUCAUCAUUAUCCUCGUCUUGGGCGUGGUGCCAGGGCCCCGGGGAGCGCACUUCCGGACGGCGCACGGGGUCCUUGGCCUCAUUACUCUGCUCGUCACCGUGGCCGCCGUCUCCCUUUACAUCUUGUCCACCAGAGGCACACCCUUGGCAAGCAUCAAGAAGAUCCCCAUACCCGUCAUCUCGCAGGGGUGCAACCAGCUUCUCCUGGUGCUCACCCUGCCCACACUCACGACGGGUUUCUCCGAUCUCAGCCUCAUCACGCUGUGCUUGACGCGCGUAGUGCCGCUUGAGCUGGCCGUCUCGCUGGGCCUCGCGUUGGGCUCCGUGCUGGUCCUUGCACAAGCUAUCACCGGUCUCGAGCUCUUUCUCCAGUGGCGGGCGGGAAAGCGAAAGAGCCGGGCAGGCCAAAGCCAGGGUUCUUUAGAUCCGGAAAUGAAGAGAGAUCUGUCAAAGUAG